AUGUCCGAGCAAUAUAAAUUUCAUCGAACUCUUUCGAUCCACCACCCACCACCUCAUAAUCUUGCUGUCGGAAUUUUCCUCUCAAUAGCCAUGGAGGACCCGUACGCUGCAUAUCGACCCCGCCAUUCCACGCACUCUUCGAUAGCAAGCUCCUCGAAGACUCUUCGUGAAUCAGGGUACUAUUACUCCUCAGAAUCAUAUGCAUUGUUGGGAAUGCCAUCGUCGGCAAAAACAGCCGACGGUAUGAAGCCGUCGUUCAGCCCAGCGCCUUCAAGAAACGAGACACCUAGUCGGCCCAAGUGGCUGAGCCCAUACUACUUGAUCCCGACCACCGUCCUCGUCGUGCACACGCUUUUGCUCGUCUGCUCCUGGACAUUUUUCUCGAUUACGAUCAGCAGGCCUGCAGCCUUAUCUCCAGGAAUCGCCCUCCAUGUCCGGGAUCAUAUCCAAUCUGUGACGAUGGUGGUUACCCUCGUCGCCUCGUUCAUUUCGUUGGUCUCCACUGCCCUAUACACGAGGAGUAUCCUCUACUCCCUUGCCAGAUUUUUGGAAGGAGGCGUCUCUCUCUAUACUAUCGCAUCGGCGACGAGGAUAGCGGAGCCUUCGCCGCUCAAGGAUUUUACACGGCCCACUUGGACUAUUGCUGCUUUGUUACUUACAUUGGCCGUUAAUUCACAGACUGCCGGAUGGACGACUCUUCUGCUGCCGAAGCAGAUCGAAAUCACUUCCCCCAUGACUGGCUUUGAACUGGACAUGAAAAGCCCUGGAUUCAAAAGACUUGUGGAGGAUAACAAAGACAUCAUUAAUGCUGAUCUAUUUUCCCGCGUUAUACCCAUAACCGAAGCCAGCGGCGGUACAGCCGUCAGUACCCACUUCAACUUGCCCAGUAUUCUGAACUUCAACCACUUCUCCUGGACGAACUCUACACUGGGCGUAAUGCCGGUCGCGCUCGAAGAGAUCGAAAGCAGCAUCCUUUCUGUCCAGGGGGAGAAUAUCCCCGUGAACGUCAAGAUACACCGAAAGGAAAACACACCGCGCGGAUUCCCCGUUCGGUUUUCGAUGACUCAACAAGGGUUUACAGCCCAAGUCAGCUGUCAACAGAGGAAUUUAGAUGCGAACACAAGGCCGAGCAUAAGAUUGAGGUCCCAACUCGACCGCCUGUUCGAUUCGCCUGUGACCCUGGCCCAGUUGGAGGUUGUCUGCCCCACUGCGAGCAGCGCUACGUUCUCAGAACCCGUUCUGACCUCCACGAAUGUCGAUGCGCUGUUCGGAAUCUCCUGUCCUGUCAUCCAAAUUAAUGGGGGAAGGCGAUGGGACCUCAUCCUCGCAGGCUCUGGGAUAUACAGUGCGAUCAAGACAACGGUAUGCAGCGUCUGGCCGCUGCUCGAUCUGGUCAAUGUCGAUUAUGACGACAAUACCUUCGUCUUCAAUUCGUCAUUCCCUAGUUUCAUCAAUGGAUCAAUACCUUGGUCCUAUGAUGAGGCGCCAUGGAUUGGAGACUUUGCACUGUCGGUGUUUCUGCGUGGUCUGCGUGUUGGGCAGAGUACGACGGGAAAUUCGAUGGGGGAUACCGUGCUUACUUUCCUGUCUAGUGUCCAGAAUGAUCCCGACGCGCUCUCCCAGAUCCUGGCAGAAUACACGCGCGGUGUUUUGGAGCUCAGCGUGACGAUGCUCCGAAUGGUAUUCACGCAAUACGGAAACGGGCUUUACCCGGGAGGAAGCAGCACGAUCCCAGAGAGCAUGCGACUGAACAUCAACGGCACACAUCGUGCAACGACCAUCGGCUGGCACCAGGCCCGAGAGACAGCCGCAAGCGUUCUCAUCGCUCCUACGUUUGUAUCAGUUGUGUCUAUCCUCAUCAUCGUCGCCACACUUGCCAGCAAAGGAAGGAAUCGGGAGCCGGAGGCCAGUCAUUAUUUCGAUCCUGGUGAUAUACUGCAUAUUAUCAGCGCGUCUGCUGCUGGAGGUAUGAAGACGGAGUUAACGCCCUAUCAUGAAGAUACUGUGGAGAGUAGCGAGCAUGUACAGAUUAAACUCGUGCCAGUGGAAGGAGCGGAAAGUCGGCCGGGUUUCGUUAGUUGGGAGAAUGCAAAGUAG